CAUCAUCAUCAUCAUCGUCGUCGUCGUCGUCGUCACUACUAUCACGAGCGUAAGCACAACAGCAUCCAUUGUGACUUGGAGUCGAAGUCGAUGAGCCUACUCAGUUCAUUCGCACUGUGCAAGCUCGUUGAGUAGCACGCGUUUUUGCUCCAGCAUUCGUAAGCAAUCAGCUGACCUUUCGCAGACGAUUUUUCCGACAGCUCGAACCGAAUUAAUUACCAUCACCGAAAAUCCGUUUUUAACAACGAACGCAACGAACAAUCGAAGCAGAACGAAAAUAAAAAUAUCGAUUCGAAACAGCGAAAAAACAAUCUUUUACAUUUGAAUACAUGAAUUUUUAGUGAAGUAACAGGGCAUUGUUGUUGGCUCAGUAAAAUCAGGUGUUGAAUAAAUGAACAAGUGUGUUUCGCCGUUAGCGUUGCAUAUGUGAAACUGAAUUUCCCCCGAUCGAGCAGCAACAAAAAAGGCAAUCCACAUAUAAACAUACACACAAAACUCGCAUCCAGUGAUUCAGUGCAAAUAGCAAGAGAACACACAAAAAUAAAAACUUCGGAACAGUUCUUUUUCCUAAUUCAGUCGAAAAACGAAAGUUAAGCCAUAAAAAGGAGAGUUACCGUUGUUCUCUUCAUAUGUUAAUCCGGAACGCAAAUUGUGAAACCAGAGCGAGAGUAAAAUAUAUUAGCAUCGAAGGUUUUUGCGUUAUCCAUUUAUAUUUGUUUAACCGAUUUCGGAGCUUGAGUGCAAUCAACGGCAGUUUGCCUGACGUGCCACAUCACUAUACCAUUUUCCAUUUAUAUCAUAAAGGGACCGCAUUUUUUUCAGCCUCUGCCAUAUGAAUAUAAAACUUUUGUGCUAUUGAUUUCCGAAUAAACAUACGUGUGUACAUAAACGACUCUCAAAAUUGGCAAGCACACUGAACGAACCGAACGUUUACUGCCAUUUAAUCGUGUAUGAUUACGACUUUUGUUAGUGCAAUUGGGAUUAUAUGAAUAAAUAACAACAACAACAAUACUAAUAAAAUCAGAGUGAGCACAAGAUUGACGAGCCUCUAUUAUUAUUUACUUGCAACGCGUGAAACGAGCAAAAAAAAAUAGAGAACGAAACCAACAGCAACAAAGGAGAAAAUAAAAAUAAAAUGACUUACAAUAUGAGUGCUGAUAUCGACGAUGUAAUUGAGUUGAAUGUCGGUGGUGUACAUUAUACAACGACGCGAAAAACAUUAACAAGUGAUAAGAAUUCUCGGCUCGCCGAAUUAUUUGACAAAGAUAAUCAAUCAUCAUCGUCGCUCAUCAGGGAUGGCAAAGGUCGGAUUGUGUUAGAUCGUGAUGGCGUUUUAUUUCGUUUUAUUUUGGAUUAUUUGCGUGAUGAUACGAUCCAGUUGCCAGAUGGUUUUCGUGAAAAGCGACGUCUUGAACGUGAAGCCGAAUAUUUUAAGCUUGAUGGCUUAAUUCAGUCUAUGCACACAUUAAACGAUACACAUAAUGGCUGUAUCACCAUCGGGUAUAGAGGCUCGUUUCAGUUUGGCAAAGACGGGUUGGCUGACGUUAAGUUCAGAAAAUUGUCACGUAUUUUGAUUUGUGGCCGUGUCAAUUUGUGUCGAGAUGUCUUCGGUGAUACGUUGAACGAAUCACGAGACCCAGAUCAUGGUGGCCCCACUUCACACAGAUACACUUCACGUUUUUUUCUAAAGCAUCAAUUCAUUGAACAGGCUUUUGAUAUGCUACAUGAGCAAGGUUUUCGGUUGGUUGGCUGCUGCGGUAGCGGCACAUCCGCUCCAGCUGCUGAACUAAAACCAGGCAUCGAUGCUGAAGAGAGCCGUUGGAGUCAUUACAAUGAAUUCGUAUUCAUUCGCGAAUGAAAAGAAAAAAAAACUUUGCAUACACAAGUGAUAUCAAUCAAUAAAGCAAAUUAACGAGUUAUUCUGUAAAUGCUUUUCAUCAUUUAGCCGAUGUGUGAUGUCGAUGUAGUAAUAAUCAUUCAUAAAAGGAGAAAAAAAAGAGAAAAUAAAAUCAGGAAAGUUCUGGAAAAUAAAAGGCAAAUAAAAAUGAUAUUAGGGUGAACAGUGAAUAGGUCUCAAAUCUACUGGGAGAGAUUUUUCUCUCUGACAAAAAAGGAAAUGUUACAUUUUCAUUCAUAUCUGUGUGUUUGAUGACAAUUUCCAUUUACGAAGAGACAAAAUGGCUCAUUUUUGUAAUGGGACACAAAGCCCUUUAUACACUUUCAGAUUUUUAUAUACUCUACGCUAUGCGACGUGAUGACUCUGGCAAACUUUUACUAUGGGCUUUCUAACGAUAUUGCAAUUAAUUAUUUUUUCCUUAUUGUGACAAAACUAAAUUAUGUACACAAUUGGCAACAACGUUUUCAUUCAGCUUUUCCUCUCCUGUACACAUCACACUUUGUGUGUUGCGCAAAAGUGUAUCUUUAGCCAUGGUACUUGCAUUGAUUUAUUAAUUUUGAGAAAAUAAGGAAUCCAUUAAAACAGGCGCAUUAAUUAUGAUGUAUAACAUUUCGAUGUACAACAUCGCAUUUAGCGAAGGAGAUGGGUUUUUCUUCUCUUUGGCUGUUAUUGUUUACGUUCGGUGUGAAAGAUAGGCGAAACAGUUUAUUGGAUCAUAACAUAAAUAAAAUUUUGUAGGCACAUACAAGGGGAAAGUAGUGGUGGGUAUUGAUUCAACUGAACGCAAAAUUAAAUGAGCCAACAGCCAAUGAGAAAAAUGACUAGAAUGACGUUUGGUUUGGCGCCAUCUGCAAGGUGGAAGUAUUUCGCAAUACAAAUACGUUCUAUUGUUGCUGUCAUUGGUUGCUGUCAUUGAUAGUUGGCAGUAUAUUUAUAUAGAAGUUUCAUAGUUCAGCGUUUAGCGUCAAGAUGUCGCUUAAAUAUAGCAUAAACAUGUGCUCAAAUAAGAACAUAGGCAAAUUUUAUCAUUGCAACAGCAUUUCGGUCGCUUUGAUAAUGAUCUUUAUUGAUUGUGACCCGUUCAUAAUUCACUUGACAAACGAUCCGGCGUUAAUUUGCCCCUUCGAAUGUCGAUUGCAUGCGCCGACCGAGUAGCUUAAAUCAAAGACAAAACGGACCAACAGACGGGCGAAGAGAGAAAGUGCGGAAGAAGGAACGUGGAAGGAAAUGCAAACAAUGAGAAAAAAAGAAGAAAAGUAAGAGAAAUAGGCGUCCAUUGAGGGAGAGUCCACAAGAGAAAAAGAUGUUUUGCUUAUUUAAUUUGGUGUGCGUAUCUCUUGAAGCGAGCUUUUCUUGAGCGUUUAUAACGGCAAUCACAAGAAAAUUAAUCACAUUAGAAUGGUCGUGCGUUCGAAAAGAAUGCAAGAAAAACCGAAACAAGCCAACGAGACAGAAAGCACCCCAGAUCCUUUUUCAUGUUGAGAAAUUUGCCUUGGUAUUUCGAAUUGAAGCUUUUUUCGGUUUUUCGUUCUUUUUUUUCAUUACCAAGUUUUCGGUUGGUGUUUUCCACUCUCUUCAAAUGGUUAUCGUUUCGCUAUAUAUAUAUGUAUAGCAUAAUCGCUUCCAGUACGUUUAUUUCAAUUUUAUUUGGUCGACUAUCCUUUAAUCUGUAUUCGCCUUUUGUUGUCUUGCCUCGGAAAGAAAAGCGGUCGUAAAAGAAACGCCAAAUACAUAAAACGAAACAAGCAGAUAUCCAGAAGCAAUGAAUAUAAUUUAAUUUAAUCGCACAACCAAAUGAUGUGCACGAACAGAAACAAAUAUUAAGAUGUUAUUGCAUACAUAUUUUCUGGUCAACGCCAGAAUAAAAACACAAAUGAAUUUUUCGUUGUGAUUACUGCUCAUUUACACUUUGCUCGGUUUGCGUUGGCAUUAGUUUCAAAUCUUGAUGCAAACUUAAAUUGAGAGAUAACUCAACAUUUAUCAAGCAACCUGAAAAUUGUCGACGCAAAAUUGCCUCAAGAUUGGUAUAAAAAUAACAACAGUCAUAAAAAAGUUUCCAGCCAUUUGAAACACUCCAACUUGUUUGUUGCCAACGAACAAAUAAAUAGGAAAAGUCACAUUCACACACAACAUUCAAUGGAAUAUUUACGAAACCAACACCGUAAAAUCUAAUUAAAUCAUUUGACACACAAUAUGGAGAAGCCAUUAAAUAAUUUAACGCAGUAUCGAACUAUUUCGCAGAGUUAGCAGCAAAUUGUAUCGAAUUCAUGGAAUCGGAAUUUAAUUAUUAUUAUAAAUUAGUUAUUUCAUAAUUGAAGCUUAAAUGGAAAAUCAAUAAACUAACGCACACACACACAAACUCACACUCAGUUGUAUAUCGAGUUCAAAACAACGUGGUGGAACUUUUUGGUAAAUGCAGAAGAAUGAAGAAAAAAAAAACAGAAAAAAGAAGAAAUUAUCCAUUAGCAACAGAGAAUAUUAUUGUAAAAUGUGAAAUAUGAUUAUUGAUUCUAAUAAAUGCAGAUCCUUUUAGUGGAAAUAUCUCCGUAAAAAAUG